AUGGAAGUAUUCAUAUGUUUUGUUUUUGUUCCAAUUUGUCGUCAUUAUUCAGUUAUUGAUUCAAAUCAUAAAAAUAAUUCAAAUGAAGAAUCAUUUAUAUCAUUUCCUCAAGUUUCACCAUCAAAUAUAAUUGGUACACAUCCAAAUGAAGUUAUUACAAGUAUUAAUGCUGAUAAUGGUUAUCCUGUAAGACAAGAAAAUGGACAACGAAAAACUGGACCACCACCAGAUUGGCCAACAACUCGUCAUCCACCUGGUCGUGGUUGUGAAGUAUUUGUUGGUAAAUUACCUCGUGAUUGUUUUGAAUCUGAAUUAUUUCCAUUAUUUGAACGUUGUGGACAAAUUUAUGAAAUGCGUUUAAUGAUGGAUUUUUCAGGUUUUAAUCGUGGUUAUGCAUUUAUAACAUAUACAUGUCGUGAUAAUGCAAAACGUUCUGUUAAAGAAUUAAAUAAUUAUGAAAUUCGUCCUAGUCGUUUAAUAGGUGUAUGUCAAUCUGUUGAUAAUUGUCGAUUAUUUGUUGGUGGAAUACCAAAAACAAAAAAACGUGAAGAAAUUCUUGAUGAAAUGUGUAAAGUAACUGAAGGUGUUGUUGAUGUUAUUGUUUAUCCAAGUGCACAUGAUAAAACAAAAAAUCGUGGUUUUGCUUUUGUUGAAUAUGAAAGUCAUCGAUCAGCAGCUAUGGCUAGAAGAAAAUUAUUACCUGGAAAAAUUCAAUUAUGGGGACAUCAAAUUGCUGUUGAUUGGGCAGAACCUGAAACAGAAGUUGAUGAAGAUGUUAUGUCAACUGUUCGAGUACUUUAUGUUAGAAACUUAAUGAUGAAUACAACAGAAGAACAAAUUAAAGAAAUUUUUCAACGUUUUAAAUCAAAUUCUGUUGAACGUGUUAAAAAAUUAAAAGAUUAUGCAUUUGUUCAUUUUAAAGAACGUGAUGAUGCUUUACAUGCAAUGAAUCUUAUGAAUGGUCGAGAAAUUGAUGGUUCAAUUGUUGAAGUUACAUUAGCAAAACCAGUUGAUAAAAAUCAAUAUUUUAGAUUUACACGUGGUGUUAGUCCAUCGACUAUUGCUACGAAUUUACCAUUUGGUUUACCAGCUGGUGCUGUUGGUCCCGGGACAACAACAUUCGAUUUUACACCACAUUUAACAGCUAUUCCAUAUAUAACAAUUCCAAGUACAUCAUUAGCUACACCAGUAACUAAUGGAACACCAGUUAUGUCAUCUGCUGUCAAUGUUCUCCAACAAAAAAAUAUUCGUCGAUGUAUAAAUGCUACCGGUCGUUUAUCAACAAAUGGUAAUACAAGUCCUCCAACAAUAAAUCGAAAUGUACCUUCAGCACCUACCGGUGUUCUAUCAACAUCUUCUCGUCCAAGUCAACCACCUCCAACUGUUGUUCAUCAUCGUGGUGCUUAUUAUACAAUUCUUCGACCAACGUCACGUCGAACAGACGAGAAAUGUCUCGAAGAUCUCUACAAAGAGACAUACGAUGCGCUGUACGGCUCUGCUGCUAGUACCACCGCUCCAUCGAUAAUGAUGAUCGAUUCCAAUCAUUCUCAGUUUAUUUUACCAGAACAACAAACUCUGCAGCAGCAGCCGAAUCAGCCUGAAGAGAUUCCAUUUGCUCCAACAGCAUUUGGUUUUCAUCCUGGUGGUCCAAUAUUUCAACCAGCAACACUUUUACCACAUCCAUUAGUUGCUGCACAUCCAGCUGGUAAUCCACAAUUUGCUCAACAACCAUUAGUUUUUACAACAACAAAUAAUCCUGGUCAAGCUCAACAAUAUUUUCAUGCACAUCCACAAGGAAAUUUUCCAUUUCCAUUUAUUCUUACACCACCAUUAACAUCAAUUCCACAAUUAUCAUCAACACCAACUAGUCCAGAAUCACCACUAUUUACCUAUGCAACACCAACAUCAACGGCUACAUCGAUUACAACUUCGGAUGGUACCACUUAUUCAGCUUGA